UUUGUACAUAAAUGGAAGUUAAGUAUUCCAAGUCAAAUGAUUUUGUUCUUAUAAGAAUCCGUGUUCUUUGAAGUGGUGUGUGUUCAUUCCAGAAAACUCUAUUUCCAAAGAGACCAAAAAACAUGCCUCGUGGUACACUUGAAGUUGUUUUGGUCAGUGCCAAAGGCCUUGAUGGCAGUGAUUUCCUCGCGAACAUUGAUCCUUAUGUGAUUCUCUCGUACCGUUCUCAGGAGCACAAAAGCACUGUGGCAGAAGGUGCUGGAUCCAACCCACAAUGGAAUGAAAGCUUUCUUUUCACUGUUUCUGACAGUUCUUGUGAGCUUAAUCUGAAGAUCAUGGACAAAGACAAUUUUAGUCAAGAUGAUUUUCUUGGCGAGGCAACGAUUACUCUUGAUGCAGUAUUUGAUGAGGGUAGCCAUCCAGAGACUUCUUAUAAUGUUGUGAAGGACAAAGAAUACUGUGGAGAGAUCAAGGUUGCUCUUACUUUUACUGCUGAGAGAGGUGGUGCUGGCCGGGACGAAUACGGUGGACAGGAGGAGAGUUAUGGUGGAUGGAAUGAAUCAGCCAGGG